UAACCCAGGAAGAAAAAAAAUACCAUUUGAUAUCACUCAUAUGUGGGUUCUAUAAAAGAAAAGGAAAAAUGACCUAAUUUAUAAAACAGAAACACAUUCACAGACAUAGAAAACAAGCAUAUGGUUAUCAGACUUGGGAACUGAAUGGGAAGGGAUCAACUGGGAGAUCGAGAUUUGCAGAUAUGAAGCAGUACAUAUAAAACAGAUAAGCAAGGUUACACUGUAGCACGGGGAGCCAUACUUGUCACCUUGUAGCACGUUAUGGUGAAAAAGAAUAUGAAUAUCAGUAAAUGUAUAUUCGUGUAUGACUAAAGCACCUGCUGUAAACCAGAAACUGAUACAACAUUGUAAAUUGACUAUACUUCAAUUUAACAAAAAAUAAAAUAGACUGUCUAUAGAGCCACACACCAGGUAUGCCGCCACUCUGGAACGCGGAAGGAACUUCCGGUUCUUGCUUUCCUGCCACAGCCCUGCAGGGAAAGUGUCCCCUCACCCACCCAGGCCCAACUGCCCUCUGCCCCUCCCCCACUACAGAAGGUCCUGAGCCUCACAUUCUACUGUUUAAAUUCAAACUUCACCUGCCUUUGCUUGAAUUCUGAGCAUCUGCUGGAGCAGUUAACUCACUCUCUGGGUCCUCGUCUGCAUUUCUCUCAUUGAGGCUACCAGGCAGCGCUGGUCUGUGCCCACGCCUGUGGGAAUGGCUUUACAAAAAGCAUCUCCACUGCUGGGAACGGAUGUGCUCCUGAGCACUGGUGCCCCCCUGUCUCCAUUCAUGGCACUUCCCUCUCCCCCACCCGCUCCUGGCCCCCAACACCGGCCACCCUGGGAGCAGCACCUGCCACCCUCCUUGACCCCAUCGUUCCCUCCUGGCACCACCCUGCUGCUGCCAGCUUUCCCCACGACACCUUUGGUGGCUACUGGUGGCCAGGUCCCCACUGCCACUGGGCCUUGCAACAUCCCUGUCUACGUAAGAUCGGAAGUGAGGCCAACAGAGUUCCCUCCGAUGCAGAGCUUCGUUCUCCCUCCAGGGACUGUCACCUGGGGUGCACCAGGGGCCCUCAGUGGGACUACUUGCCCUGCUCCCCAAUCCUUAGCACCCCAAGUGACCACCCCAGCUGUUGGGGUAACUCAGGCUGGCACGGGAGGCUGGGCCCCCGGCCGUCCCUCUCAAGCUCCACCACCACCUGUACAGCUGGCCCCCAGCAUGCCCCCCAUCAACACCGGGCCAUGGCCACCUGGCGCAUCCAGGGACGGGAGUCUGGCCCCCUCCCAGUCUCAGCCACCUCAGGAUGACUCCUUUAGCUGCAACAACAUCUACAAGCACUACCGGCGUUGGCAGCGCUUCAAGAGCCUGGCCCGGAGGCACCUUCCCCAGAGCCCUGAUGCACAAGCUCUCUUCUGCUUUGUCAUCCCAGUGCUUCGAUCCCUGGCCCGACUCAAGCCCACCAUGACGCUGGAGGAGGGACUGCGGCAGGCCGAGCAGGAAUGGGAGCGCACAAGCAACUUCGACCGCAUGAAUUACUAUGAGAUGGCAGCAAAGUUCAAGGAGUUUGAGGCUGAGGAUGAAAUGCAGCCUCAGCACUUGCAGUGUAUGAAGGGGGUGCAGGGCCUGCCUCCUCCAGCCCCACCGAAGCUGGAACCGUGGGGGCCCCCAGCCCCAAAGGUGGGCCCACAGCCAGGCACCCACGUGCCCACUGCAGCUGAACACAAAGCCUGCGUGCCCAUGAAGGCCAGCCCCACGGCCAGAAUCAACCACCCACAGCCAGACAGAUCCUGGCU